AUGUUUUCAAGAAAUUUAAUUAGACUUUGCCAAAAACCAGCACAGCAAAGAACAGGUAGAAUUCAACCAAUUGGUGUAAAUUUAAAUCAACAAGUUAAAAAGAAAUUAGAACAUCUUGAAAUUUUAGAAAAAAUUAAAAAAGAUAGACAAUCACGUAAAAAUAAUAGAGCUAAUGAAGAUCCAAUAAUUAAAAAAGUAUAUGCAGAGUUGGAAGAAGAAGGUUUUUUUGAAGGUAAAAAUAGAGAAGAUUAUUAG